CAAACUUCAUUCAUAUGAAACAAUCACUUAAGAUCGUUUUGCUGCAUCUUUGACUAUGUAGUAUCAAAGUAUUCUUGCCCAAGAUUGUGCAAAGUGCUGUAGUUCAUCGGUCCUGUCAAAAGACUGUGGUGCCCAUUUGACAAUUGUGGUGAUCCUUCGUAGAGGGCUUUGGCUGUCUGACCAAGUUGUAGAUUGUUUACACCGUGGCAUAGCCGUGGCUCAAGCAGAGCUCCAGAUUUUGCCCCAGCAAACGCCAUGCUAGCUCGGGCGGCUUGUAGGCGCGCUGGCGCCGCUCUCGGCGGCCCAGCCUUGCGCGGCUUCGCUGCGUCGCCGCUGGAGUCUACGGCAAAGCUGUAUGAAGAGAUCGUGGACAAGUCCCUGAAGGAGUUCCAGGCCAAUGAAAAGACUGUAUCUGCAGAUUUGGACGCAGAGAUUUCUAGUAGCAAGGUGGUGCUCUUCAUGGAAGGCACGCCUGAUGCACCAAAGUCUGAGCCGAGCCUGAACGCGGUGAAGAUGCUCACCGAAGCGCAGGUGGUUCCCAUGACUUCUGUGAACGUUUUGGCCCACCCGGCCAUCCUUGGCUAUACCGUGUCUAAGACGCAGAAGCGACGGACGCCACAUUUGUACGUCAACGGCAGCUUCUAUGCCGACUAUGAUGGGCUCAUGUCCCAACACACCUCAGGCCAACUGAAGAAGCUGGGAACAGAGGCAACAAAGAGCACUGGCACCUUUGGGGGCGAGCUGCCUAUUGCCACCUACUGAGGCGCACUGUUGUGCUCUAUGACUGGAAGUAGUAGAUGAGUGCGCAUUGAACAUGUCCCGACUGUGAAAACGUGAUGCUGAUGAUGAAACCCUUGAAACAGAAUGUUUCUGUAGCUGAAUCAACUCUGAU